AUGGUCAAAUAUCUCUUGAUUAUUUAUCUAUGGACGGCAGUUGUCUCACAUGGGUCCAGUAUAGGACGUCCUGAAGGAGUUCAUUUUAACUCUGUGAACCUGAGGAACAUUGCAAAGUGGCAUCCUGGGAAAGACACACCAAAUGACACACAUUACACAGUGGAGUAUGCAAUUUAUGGUGACAGAAUGGAUAGUGGGGCGACACAUGUGCGCUGGAGGGUGAAGAAGCAAUGCAGAGACAUCCCUCAGACCUGGUGUGAUCUAUCCAAUGAGACCACUGACCUGGAUGAAGGCUACUUUGCCAGAGUCAAGGCUGUGGGCACAAACCUAUCCUCCAAAUGGGCAUUCACGGAAAAGAGGUUUGACCCCAAAGCUGACACAACCUUUGGACCUCCACUUGUAAAACUUGUGAUGAAGGAGAAUAGUGUUACUGUCAAGCUGAAGGGUCCAAUGAGAUGGAAGACUGGAAACAUGACAAAAGAGUACUCCAUGUUGAAAAUAUACCCUCAGAUGACAUACAACCUCUCUGUGUACGACAACAGAAGCAGCAAAACGCAUCACUUCACUGUGGGAAACAGAUCCUUUGAAUAUGGGUUGCUUGCCUAUGAAACCCAGUAUUGUUUCUCUGCUAAUUCCCAGGUCCUAUCACUUCCUAUACCUUGGCAUGCAUCUGAAUGGCAGUGCCUAACAACCCCAAAGGAUCCUUUCUACGACCAGCUGCUACUGAUGCUGAUGGGAGCCGUUGUACCAUCAGUUAUCUGCCUUUUCAUGCUGAUCCUGGCCGGAUGCCUUGUCUACCACUCUGUUUGUGGUAAUAAACAGAAAAGUCCCCCUUUCCUGGAAAUAUUGGACAUUCAGAACCCACCGCAGACUUUCUGUCCUGAGCAUACUGUGACAGUGAAUGUGGUACUGGUCAACAUUGCCAAGCCCAUGGAGUUGAUGGCCAUAAAGCCUAACAACAUCCCUGCCCUGAUCCACCAAACAGAGCAGGAGCUCGUACUACCCUCCUCUGCCCAGCAAGCCCCUGGCAUAGAGCCUCCAAAGGAGGGAUCAUGCAAAGAUGAGUUCGGUGAGGCCCAACCAGAGCCUCUAGACUACGGCUUCGUUGGAGCGGCCCCAGAGAUGCCGGAAGUAAGGGAAAGUGAGGCAUCUGACAGUGAGAAAACCCUGCCCCUGCGUCUCAGCCAGGUCAACCCAUACAUAGCACAGAGAUGUGCACCAGGUUCACAGGAGCCUGUGGAGAAUGUUUUGACUGGGAUCUGUUUAGACAUGGACCCCAAGACAGGGCUCUUUAGAAUGCCACUGCUGUCUGAUAUAAAGCUGGGGGUGGAGAGCACAAGUUACAAAGAGCCUGAUCAGGUGGGUCCCUACGCACUACAGCACUUCUCUGUCAGAGAGACCACUGAGGUGGACCUGUGGGGAGACAAAACUGAAGAGCCCAAAAGUUACCCCUCAGACUACGGCUUCGUGGGAGCAGCCCCAAAGCAGCAGAUGGUGACAACAAAGUACCAGACGCGGUCUAACAGAAGGGAUAAUCAGCCCCUGCUGCUAGCCCAGGUCAACCUGUACAGAAGCCAGAGGCAAGCUCUGUUUCCACAGGAGUCUGAGGAAGAGGAUGGAUUAGGUGGUGGUAACUGUGUUGACUGGAGCCCUACAACAGGGAUCCUCCAGAUGCCUUUGCUCUCCAAGCCUAUUCCAGAAGUGGAGGUAGCGAGAAAGGACAGGGAGUCAGAGCAGUUGGAGAUCCUACCCAGUGUGUUAGUGAGGCAAUCCUCAGAGGAGAGUGAGGGUGAGAGUGACCUGACUAAACUACAGAAUGUCUGGAGUCUACAGAUCAACAUGGAGGACUAACCUAUUAGACAGUUAACCUAUUGGACACUUAACCUGAUAGACAGUUAACCUAUUGGACACACAUUAUUACAGCAAAAAAGUUUGUUUACCGUAUGUGGAAGAAUAAUUCAGAUUGCUGUAUGUACCAAUUGAUUCAGUUGCCAAAUCAAAUGAAGGACAUAUUUUUAACUAAUCCAAAAUGCUUUGUAAAUGCUUCAGCAAUGUGAUUGUAGCGAACUUAUUUUUGAGGAGGUUUUGUUUACUUUGUACCUUUUUAUCCAUACUUUUCUACUAACUUAUCACGAUUGAUGUAUUGCCAGAUAGCUUUUUUGUGUACAAUUGAAUACAAAGUUUAUAUGAAGGAACAUGCAAUGCCACUUUACCUCAUGAUGAUUAACAAGCAGGAGGAGUGUGGCUGUAAAGGUUUCUAACCACACACUAAACUUCAAAGCUUACUGUCAACCUGCAGAGAACAAUAUGUCCU